GUCUCGCUUCCAUGUUUGUUCGUGGUCAUUUCGCUUUUCUGUGCUAGAUUUUCCAGUUUAGCAUCUAAAAUUAAUGAUUUUUCUCAUACAACUGUGUAAUUAAUGAAAUUUUUGACAUCACGGCGACCUCGUGAGGAUCUAUCGCCCGAGGAAAAGUGCAUAUCGGCGAUACAAUAACAGGGAGGGAGAUGGCGAACAAUAGAAGCGGUGCGGCGCAGCGGCCGAACGGCGCGCCGCAGACUAAGGUGUGUCAGUUCAAGCUGGUGUUGCUGGGCGAGUCCGCUGUCGGCAAGUCCUCGCUGGUGCUGCGCUUCGUCAAGGGCCAGUUCCACGAAUACCAGGAAAGCACCAUCGGCGCCGCCUUCCUCACUCAGACCGUAUGCUUGGAUGACACCACGGUCAAGUUCGAGAUUUGGGACACCGCGGGACAGGAGAGGUAUCACAGCUUGGCGCCAAUGUACUAUCGCGGUGCGCAAGCGGCCAUUGUCGUCUACGACAUCACUAAUCAGGACACAUUCGGCCGCGCGAAGAACUGGGUGAAAGAGCUGCAGCGGCAAGCGUCGCCAUCGAUCGUGAUUGCGCUGGCUGGCAACAAAAGCGACUUGGCCGCCAAGCGCAUGGUCGAGUUUGAGGAGGCACAGGCGUACGCUGAUGAGAACGGACUGCUCUUCAUGGAAACCAGCGCCAAAACCGCCAUGAACGUCAACGACAUCUUCCUCGCCAUCGCGAACAAGCUGCCAAAGAGCGAGGGCACGGGCGGGGCGGGCGCGGCGGGCGCGCGACGACUGGCCGACGGCGAGCAGCCACGCCAGACUUCCUGCUGCAAGUGAUACCAAGCGACACAG